AUGGUCAAAGGAAUCAUCAAAAAGCAGAGAAAAUCACUCCCCAUUUACAAAUACAAGCACAAGAUCCUUGAAACCAUUAAUAAGAGCCAAGUGACUAUUCUAAUUGGUGAAACUGGCUCAGGAAAAACUACUCAGGUAGCUCAAUAUAUCCUUGAAUCCUCCCUUAACUCAGACAAAUUAAUUGGAAUUACCCAGCCACGCCGCAUUGCAGCUAUAUCUGUAGCCAAACGAGUAGCCUAUGAGCGGCAGUCUGAAAUAGGCUCUUUAAUAGGCUAUUCAGUGCGUUUUGAAAAUAAAACAUCAGAAAAUACAAAAAUAAAAUUUUUGACUGAUGGGAUGCUUAUUAGAGAAUCAUUAAUUGACCCAAUUUUGAGGAAUUAUUCGUUUUUGAUUAUUGAUGAAGCUCAUGAGCGCACCACAAAUACUGAUAUUAUAUUAGGGCUUAUUAGAGAACUAUACCCUAUAAGCCAUUUUGGAUAAUCUGCUAAAACUCAGGCAACUCCCCAAGUCUGAGAGGCAAAUAAGACAGAAGUUGGCUUGUCAACUUAAGCUGAAAAAGUUGCCUGUGAUCUAUCUAGACUAAAACCAUUCCUUGGCUAUAAUAACACAAAGAAAUGAUAUAAAAGUCAUCAUUAUGUCAGCCACUAUUGAAGCACAGAGAUUUGCAGAAUUUUUUUCCAGUCGAGAAAUAAUCGAAGUACAUGGUAGGACUUUCCCUGUGAAAAUUCUCAAUGCAGCAGUUCCUGAGCCAGACCAUAUUGAUGCGACUGUAAUAGGGAUAGUCCAGGUUCACCUUGACUAUCCUGCUGGCGAUAUUUUAGUAUUUUUAACUGGCCAAGAAGAAAUUGAGGACGUGCAAGCCAUUUUAUUGCGAAAAAGAAAGCUUCUUCCUACCAAUUCCAUGGACUUUACAGUCUGCGCUAUGUAUGCUGCUUUGCCUUCACAUCUACAGAUGAAAGCCUUUGAAUCAGCCCCAGAAAACACAAGAAAAAUAAUCCUAGCGACCAAUAUAGCUGAAACGUCCUUGACAAUCCCAGGAGUCAAAUAUGUCAUUGAUUCUGGAGUGGUAAAAGAAAGAAAUUAUGACCCAAGAACAGGCAUGGAAAGCUUGAAAAUUGUAAAAAUCAGCAAAGCAGCUGCAAAACAAAGGGCUGGAAGAGCUGGGAGAGAAAGUGAAGGGAUUUGUUUCAGACUUUUUACAUCAGAAGACUUUAAUGGGUUUGAGGACUAUUCAAAGCCUGAAAUCACAAGGUCCAAUUUAGGAAAUGUGGUUUUGCAGCUGAAAAUUAUUGGGCAUGACCCAAGACUGUUUAAAUUUAUGGACAGGCCAGAUGAUAUUUAUACAAAUUUAUACAGAAAAAGCUAUUAAAUUUAUCAAAAUUUAAAUAAGAUUAUAUAUAAAUUAUACAGAUAUAUAUAGAAAAAGCUACACAAGAGUUAAGAGGAUUGGGCGCUUUAGAUGGCGAAGAAAAGAUUACGUUACUUGGCAGAAAAAUGGCUGAGCUGCCAGUACCGCCUGUACUUGCUAGAAUUCUGCUUGCGUCGCUUGAGCCACAGUUGCAGUGCACAAAAGAUAUUUUGACUAUUAUCGCUUUAUUAAGUGUCGAAAAUUUGUGCUAUUUUAAUAGAAAAGAAGCCAACGCAAUGCAGAUUUUUAAAUGCAGUGAAGGCGACCAUUUGACAUUUUUAAAAAUAUAUCAGGAAUGGCGGAAAAAUAAAACAAAAUCCUGAUGCAAAACACAUGGGCUGAAUAGAAUUUCGAUAAAAAGAGCCAGCAUGAUAAGAAAACAGCUCAGACAGUACCUUAAAAAAUACAAUCCUGCAUUGGUCCAUGCGCCAAAUGAGAAUAUUCUUAAAUGUCUUGCGAAAGGCUACUAUAUGAAUUCAGCAUUUUUGUCAGCUGAUGGGACACAUUAUCGGACAAUUAAAGACAGAGAAAUCAUUCAUAUCCAUCCAACGUCAGUUUUAUUCCAAACAAGGAAGAAGCCUCAGUGCAUCAUUUUCAGCGAGGUCAUUAUUACGACUAAAAAGUAUGUGCGAGGAGUCAGUGAGGCAGAUUAUGGAAUUAUCCAAAGCUUUUUGGGAACAUUAAAGACAAAAUAG